GAGAGGCCUGCUAUAAUAAAUACUCUUCGUUUCUCUCCGGUACCACCCAAAGGGUCUACAAUCUUCUCAGGAUUUUCUCUCCAACAUCCUCACAAAACAAAACAAAAAAAAAAAAAAAAAAAAACCUACCAAAUUCAACCCUAAUCUUAACGAACAAUUUUCUUUAUUCAUAAACCCGUGAUCAAAAUUUAAGAGGGCAAAGCCCCCUUCAUUUACUUAUAGAAGAGCCCUUGAAGUGUCCUUUGCCAUUCUUCUUCUGUCUGCAAACCACAUGGCAAAACAAACCUUAAAGGUAGUGAUACUCAGUGAUGAUGGCCAUGAUGAUGAUGAGGACGACGACUUGCGGGUUUUGUAUACUAAGCCGGUGUUGGGUACUCAAGGCUGCAAUUCAAGAAAUCCCAUCUUAGUUGAAACAUAUGGGAUCAGGGCAUCAGUUAGUACAGGAACGGUCAUUGAUCUUUCCUAUGAUGAUGAUGCUCUUCAACUCAUUUCUUCAGUAAAGGGUACCAAAAGAAAGUUAUACCAAGGCGAGUCUUCGAAUUAUAUACCUGCAACUGUUACAAUUGAUGAUGAUGAUGAUGAUGAUAGUGUUGAUAAAACAUUUUUGUGCAGUAUUUGUGUGGAUGAGAAGCCAAAUACUGAAUCUUUUUACAUUAAGGGUUGUAGUCACUCUUAUUGUGCAGAGUGUAUGGCCAAAUAUGUAUCUUCUAAAUUGCAAGAAAACAACACUAAUAUAACAUGUCCUGUUGUGGGGUGUGGUGGGAUAUUAGAGCUUCAGGAUUGCCGUUCAAUUUUGCCUUCUCAAGUGUUUGAUAGGUGGGGUGAUGCUCUUUGUGAGGCAAUGAUUCUGGCCUCUGAGAAAUUUUACUGUCCUUAUAAAGAUUGUUCAGCCCUUCUGGUUGAUGAAAGGAUUGGGGGCUGUGAGCCUGUCAGGAAUACCGAGUGCCCGUAUUGUCGGAGAAUGUUUUGUGCCAUGUGCAGAGUUCCCUGGCAUACCGGGUUUUCGUGUGACGAGUUUCAGAAGUUGAAUGCGGAUGAAAGAGAAAUGGGGGAUAUUUUGUUGAUGAACUUGGCAAAGGACAAGAACUGGCAAAGGUGUCCUAGUUGCAGAAUUUUUGUACAGAAGUCUGCAGGGUGCUUGUUCAUGAAAUGCAGGUGUGGAUCUCGAUUCUGUUAUAAAUGUGGAUCUCAUACGCCAGUUGACCAUAGGUGCAGCACCUGCGGGACUUAGUCUCACUCCCUUUUCAGACUCUUCUGAAUGCUGGAGCCCUGAUGUGGCAUCCCCUCAUUGAAGCUCCUGGUUCACAGUAAUAGUGAAUGAAAUUUGACACCCCUUAAUGCUUAGCUAGAAUAUCCAUAAACUUGGUAGUUCGUGAUUCUAGAAUUCGAAUCCUUACAACUAACCUAGUUAGUUUAGUUUGGUCCAUUCUGAAACCGUGUAGCUCUUGUGGCUUUAGCUGAAUGGUUGCAUCAAUGGAUGAAAAAGAUCAGCUUUCGACAUUUAUUAGCUGAGCUUGAGUGUGCUGGCAACUACUCCCACCACUUUUUAGCUGAAUACUCCCUAGAAUACUCUUUUACUUUUGGUUACCAUCUGGGCUUGAGUUGAAUGGGUUGUUGCAUCAAUGAAUGAAAAAUUUAGUCGUGG